AUGGUCAGAUUUCAGAAGUGUAAAGAUCUCGCCUUCGUUUCUGAUGAACUUGGAGACAGGCAGUGGCUAAAGCGUAUACUUCUUAUUUGUCUUGCAGGCACAGGAGAGAGUGGCAAAAGCACGUUUAUCAAGCAGAUGAGAAUCAUUCAUGGAUCAGGUUACUCUGAUGAAGACAAAAGGGGUUUUACAAAACUGGUGUACCAGAAUAUAUUUACAGCAAUGCAGGCCAUGAUCAGAGCCAUGGAUACCCUCAAAAUCCCAUACAAGUAUGAACAUAACAAGGCUCAUGCACAAUUAGUUCGAGAAGUUGAUGUAGAGAAGGUGUCAACUUUUGAGAACCCCUAUGUAGAUGCAAUAAGAAGCUUAUGGAAUGACCCUGGAAUUCAGGAGUGUUAUGACAGACGACGGGAGUAUCAGUUAUCAGAUUCAACAAAAUACUAUCUUAACGACUUGGACCGCAUAGCAGAUUCCACUUAUCUGCCAACUCAGCAGGAUGUGCUCAGAGUUCGAGUCCCAACAACAGGGAUCAUUGAAUAUCCAUUUGACUUACAAAGCGUCAUUUUCAGAAUGGUGGAUGUAGGAGGCCAACGAUCAGAAAGAAGAAAAUGGAUACAUUGCUUUGAAAAUGUCACAUCUAUCAUGUUCCUAGUAGCUCUUAGUGAAUAUGAUCAAGUGCUUGUGGAGUCAGACAAUGAGAAUCGAAUGGAAGAAAGCAAAGCACUCUUCAGAACAAUUAUCACAUAUCCAUGGUUCCAGAACUCUUCAGUCAUUCUGUUCUUAAAUAAAAAAGAUCUCUUAGAGGAGAAAAUUAUGUACUCCCAUCUAGUUGAUUAUUUUCCAGAGUAUGAUGGACCACAACGGGAUGCACAAGCAGCACGAGAGUUCAUCCUGAAGAUGUUCGUAGACCUGAAUCCAGACAGUGACAAAAUUAUCUACUCCCACUUCACAUGCGCUACAGACACAGAGAAUAUCCGCUUCGUCUUUGCUGCUGUCAAGGACACAAUCCUACAGUUAAACCUGAAGGAGUACAACCUGGUCUAACUGUGCCUAGGAGGCCCUCCAAAACCAAUUUUGCGUGAUUGAAGAUAUACAAGAGGGACUGUAUUAUCUGUGAAAACAAUUUGCAUAAUACUAAUUUAUUGCUGGCCUGGACUCUGUGAAUGUCCACAGAGUUUGUAGUUAAUAUUAUGAUUUUAUUUAAACUAUAUGGAGGAAAAACAAAAGAUGCUGAAGUACAUUCACAGCACAUUUCCUCAUUUUUUAGGCAAAACCUUGUGACUCAGUGUGUUUUAAAUUCUCAGUCAUACAUUUACAAAGGAUAGCAAUUUUUUGCUAUUGAAGCAAAGUCAAGCUGGUUUCCUCUUUCCCUGAUCCUUUCCCUCUGAUUCCUUCCCCUCCCUCCUUACCUCUUACAAGGUACAAUGGCCUUUUUUUUCCCAGUUGCAUUCAUGGGUGAAAUACUCUCUGUUCAGUGAUUUGGUCAGGAAAAUACUAUCAUCAAAAUUUAAGUCAUCAGUCGUUCAAAUUUUACAGUAUGUACUUUCUCUAAAGGAUCAAAAGUAUUGAUACUGUGGUUUUUAAAUUUUUGACAUGGGUGUCUUCAUUCUGUCUUCGCUUUUGAGACUAUUGGGAGUGCAAAAUAGAAUUACAGUUGUCUAAGGAUAUUAAAUUUAACCGUAUUUUCACAGUUUGGAAAAGUGUACAGAAGGCAGUAAUGAAAUAAUUUAAGACACAACCUGGGAUGUAUAUGGAAUAUGUUAGAAUCUCUUUUUAAUUGCCAUGUGCCAUUUUUUUCCUCUUCUUUUAUUCACAAAUGCCAAAAAGAAAUGUCACAGACACUACAUUUUCCCCAGUGGCUACAGCCUGAAACAGUGGGGUUUUUUCUUCAGUUGUGUAGGGGCUUUUCUUAAGUUAGAGCAUUUUUAAGUGUUCUUUUUCCACAGUAGAAAAAUUUUUAUUGUAUAAAAUUGAUCUUGCCAAAUCUGGCUUUUUAUAAAACCAAUGCUCUUGAAACAUAAGAUACCGAUUGAAAUGCCAAACUGAUGGGUUGGGAACUGACCUGAUUGAGUCAACUGCCAAAUGAUAAACAAACACAGCUUCAACAUAUGUUCCCUUUUUAGAAAGUGUUCCAUUUUCUAAUGCCAAAACCAACAGUGUGAGUAAAUAUGCUGCGAGGUGCACCAUGCACAUGCAUGUGGUCUACUAAUUUAAAGACAGUUUUAAAUCUCUCCUUAUGUUAGAUACAGUAUGAGAUUGUCUUCUGUAACAAUAUCAAGGCACCUUUAGUUGUGUAACAAAUUACUGAUGGGAUCAUGUUCAGGAACCUUUCUUGAUAAAGUUGUUAACUGAUUCACAUACAUUUGAUAGGCUUUCAUGCCAAAUAGCCUCUCUCAAUGUUCUUUAGAAAAAAUUUAUUAAUGUAAAUGAAACAGUGAGAAAAUCAUUCUUGAAAUUCAAAUGUGCAAUUUUUAAACAACAAAAAUACAGCACACAUUGUUGAGCCUUUAUUCUGCAGCUUGGGUUGAAAGGUGUUUUUUAACCAGGUGCAUGAUUGCUAGCAAGCUAUAGAAAACUCAGAGUUCAGACACAUAGUUGGAUUGAUUAUCUGCAGUGCCAAGUAGCACUCGAGUGCACUUAACACUGAAAUUGCUGCCUCAUAGCAGUGGAUGGGAGGUGGAAAAAAGAAUGGCUUAUUAGUUAAUUACCAAAGUUAACAAUUAAUAAUAAUGAGGCGUUUUUCAUCCUUAAACCUCCCAACUUCAAAACAACAGUAAUAAGAACAGUUGCUAUUUUUUGCUCCCUCUUAAAACACCUUGUAAUUUAAAACUGUUUGUAGGUAUAGUGCAAUUAUGAAUGCUAUAAUCAUUGUACAUACAUCUAUAUAUAUAUAUAUGGCAGCAUCCAUAUUGGCUUUGUAAUCAUUAAUUUUUGGCAAAUUGAAUGUGCUGUAUUGAUAUGUAUCUAUGUAAUUGUAUUGUAUGUCUUAUAGCUAAUUCACAUUUUAAAUAAUGUUAUUUUAUUUACUUUUUUAAGAGAGAAGAAUGUAAAUUUUGUCAGUUUAUUUCUGACUAGGGAUUUGUUGGUUUUUAUUUACAAAACAAAAAAAACUACUAUAGUACAGAGUGGUACUAGCGUUGUGCUGUAUAAAAUCAUUUGCACAUUCCUGAGUAUAAGUAAAUUGGAGAUGCCCAAACAGAGGCCAUUCACAUUCAAAAUAAUGCUUAAAUCUUGUCAGGGCUUUAUACAGGUGUAGAAACCAGUCUUAUUUGAAGAACUUAUACCGAUGUAUUUAGGAUUGGAACGUAAGCUUUUAAAUACAAAUUUAAUUUAUAUUUGGUAGAUUCGUAUUAGAUUACUUUUACUUUUCUAAUAGUCUUUAUUAGAAAAGUAAAUUUAGAGAUAUUUCAAACCAUUGUACAUAAGUACUAAUGAGUAUAUACACUCUUGCCCUAAAAAUACCAUGAAAAAAUACAGAACAUGAGGUCAGUUAAAGUCUUUCAGAAACCUCAGAAAAUUUAGAUAGAACAACAACCAAAAGUCACUAUUAUAUCAAUGAUUUUAAGGAGCUAAAGCAUUUUAUUUUACAAAGCUAAAGCAGGUAGAUCUAGGUUAUAAAAAGUAACACUGACAUUCUGAAUAGGGGAUCAGAGCAGUGACUCUUACAUACAGAAUAAUAAAAUUGGUCCUUAUUUUGCUAUAAAUGCAACGGAGCUUCUGUUUUCACAGUUCCACUGUUGGUAAUAUCCCUUCUUUUAACCUGGGAAUACAUUGCCCACACUGGAUUCAGUGCUGUCAAUGGAACUGUAGCCAAAAAGAAAAACAGACAGUGGUGUCUAGCAAAGUUUGGGGUUGGUUUGGGGUUUUUUAGUUUGUUUUGUUUUCUUAUGGGAUAUUGGGUGGGGGAGAAGGAAAUGUUUUGAGUUUUGUAUAAAAACAAAAGUUUACUCAUGCUUUACAGUUAUAUUGUGAUUGCAAAAGUUUUCAAGAAAUGUGUGCCACUGGGAUACUUCUGGUUUAUUUUAGGUAAGUUGAACCUGUGGCAGUGUUCAGAUCAUUUGAGCAUGUUCUGAAAAAAAAUAGUAUUUGGCAUGCCAAGGCAAGCUUUACACAAGUCACCUAACACAGUAUUGCAGUGUGACAGUUUGCAAAAACAUUUCCUUUUUAAAUGACACAGCUGUUCCCACUUGCAGUAUAUUCUCUUGUGGUACUGGUGGUAUUGUUGUUGCUGUUGUUCUAAUUGGUGGUUUCUACUAUGCCUUAUAGUUCUUGAGUCCAGAAGUUUGUGCCUCUAACUUGAAACUGAAGGCAAAACCAUCAAGACAGAAGCCCUUUUAACUUUGCCAAAAUUAUGUGAUUUCUUUGAAUGUCAUAAAUGAGGGAGGAGGGAAGAAAAACGUCUUGGGAACCUGUGUAUUCUAGAUGUUCACUAGCGCAAGAAAGGUGUAGUAUGUGUUUUGCAGAAACCUUAAACUUGCCUUUUUCACAAAUUAACUGGCACUGUCCUUACAUGUAUAGGAUGAUGCAGCUAUAAGGGCAGUUUACUUUUUAUAAUUCAGACACUUUUGAUUGUCAAGGUGUAUGAACUGUAAUUUCUAAUCAUACUGCCACAUAAUUGUGAAUCACUUUUUUAAGUUUGAAAGUGGAGACUUUUUAUGCUGGAUAUCAGUCAGAAUUGACUGCAUGAUUUGCAAAAACUAAUGGGGGGAAAAGGGCUGCAUAUAAAGACAUCACUAGACUCCCAGGCUUUGGUUGUAAGGUGCAGAAGACUUCCAGAUAAAUCAACCUUAUGACCCAUUCCUUGUCAUACAUUCUUCACAAAAGAAUGAAAUAUUAGGAGGAAAAAAAAAAGACGUUAGCCCACAUGAAAAAAAAAUCUAGCCAAUUAAUUUAUUAUAUGUGCUGCUGUUCCUGGAGUUCUGUGCAUGGUUAUCCUGUAGACUAUUACAUUAGUGAAAUAAUGAAGCGUGCACAGCAUAUUAACAAGGCCUACAAAUGACCUACCUCUAGCUAAGAGACCAGUAAAGUAAAUAUGUUUUGAAGAGACUGUCCUAAGUUAGGAAAUUCAAGUGUCCUGGUGUAGGUAAUCAACUGUGGUAUUUUAGAAAUUCACAUUUUUGUAAAUACGGUCCCUCUUUUGACAUAAACCAUAAAUUCUGAGAUUUUAAUAUGUAUUAAACUACUAAAGCCAUUUGUCCCUGUCCAGUUUGUUAGUUUAGUAGACGUUUUGCUGAAUCAUACAUUUAGUUUGAGGAGCUACUGAUAUUUCCUUAUUUUUUGGCUUCUGGUUAUCCAUAAUAUUUUGAGUUGUUACCAGUCAACCAGGAACAUUUCUAUGUAGUCAACAAUACAUUGAGGGUCACUAUUUGCUAGUUAAAGGGAUUUUACUGUAAGUUUCACUCAAGCUUUUUCACAGUAGCCAUGCUACAGGAAAGAAAGGAAUAGAGGGAGUUUUUGAAGGUAGUGUGAAAAAUAUAAAUUCAGCCAGAUCAAUCUUACUGUAAAUCUGUGGUUAGGUUUUUUUCUCUCAAAAUAGAGUCUAAACUGAAGUCUGUUGCUGGAUUCCUCAUUUACCAUGCUACAGGAAAUCCUUAUUUGACUUUUUUUUUUUUUGAGGGGGAUUGUCUGAUACAUUUUUAAACUUGCAGUAUUUAAAAAUAAAGAUCAUAUUUGCUGUUCUUAAAGUGUCAUUUAAAUGCAUGUAUUCUGUGUUGUUUGAGGGACAGAAAUAGUUUUUUUGAAAAAAAAAAAACUAAUAUUGUACAGUUACUGUCCCUCAAAAAUGUUGCUGGUUAAAAAUACAAUAUUUUUGGCCAUAACUUCGUACUAUAGUAUCGUCAUUCAUUGAAAUUUAGCUUUUCUGAAAUAUUAUUUGGGUUUAUUGUUCUCCCAAAGUGCUGCUGCUUAUGAUAAAUGUUGGAUAGAUGUAUUAAUCCAUUAUUACUUUUUAAUUACAUGUGCUCUAUUGGCAUUGUCUAAAUGUUAAAAUUUCCAGAAUGUCUUUAUUACAGCCAGACCAUUCAAAACAUUUAAGGUUUGUUACAGUGGAGACAGUCAUUUGAACCGUGUUUUUUUUGAAAGGGUUUUUUUCGUCUUGCGUACAAUGGAAACUUGGAAGCAUGGGGGCAAAGAAAUAUUCUAUAUCUCACUAACAGAAAACUUUCAGAAUUUGUAGAUGCUGAGGUGAAUUUUUUAAGCAUUUUGGCUGAUUGCAGUAGCACUGCAAGAGCAGACUUUCUUUGAUCUUUUUUGUUUGCAUGUGUGAUGAUAGGAAUAAUGUAAAGAUGCCCAUGUGUUGCUUUUCAGAAGUCUGGCUCAUGUCUGCUCAACAAUCAGUAGACCUCAAAUCUUCAUUACUGAAGAAAUAGUAUUUCAGGCCAGUUGCAAAAAUUUUAUUCUGUUAUGUGAUCACAACAGUUGAAGUGAGAUUCUUGAAGUCUAAACAGUUUGCCUAAGCAAGGACUUGAGUGAAUGGCUCCUGAUUUUUCUUUCCUCUUACAGAAUGUAAGGGAGAGGGAUCAGUGGGAAAGGAUUUAUUUUAUCUUCAUGUCACAGUGAAGAUAACGUCAACCAAAAUACAGUGUAAGUGGUGAUCUUUAGAUAUGUGAAAUAGAUGUAGUGUAUAUCUGUGUAAUAAAUUGUGCAUAGUUGUGAUAAAACCUCACAUCACAUACUUUGAUCUUAUCACCCAAUUGCCAGGUGCUUUGUAGGAUACUGUCUCAAACACCUAAGAGUUCCAGAGUAUUUGUAGACUGCCACAAAAUACACAGUUGCCAGCUCCUCAGGAACACGUCUAUUAUCAGUAUCUGGUAUCAAGGCAGCUGACCCCUUUUCAGAGCUCAUUGCUACCGAAAGAAACUACACUCAAAGACCACCUCAGUUCCUGGUUCUCAGCUGCAUGGGGUUUUUCCGUUCCCUUAUGUCAACUCUGCCACUUAGCCUGCCUGUAAACUUGUUGAAAAACCCCACUCAUUUUUCCUCUUGCUUGGCUGAUUUAGCAGUCUAAUUUUGAGACAUUUUCAGACAAUUUCCUAAUCAACAGUUCAGACAAGUGCUAAACUGACUUAAGUGGAGGAGGUAGAAUUGUGUGGCCAAAAUGUUUAAAAGUUAGGAAGAAAGGGAGUUGAAACACCCCUCCUUUUAAAACCUAGUCCUGAACAGUGUGUAGUCCAAAACCUUCAUUAUAUGCACCCCAUGGGCUGUUAACUGUUCUGGCUUGAAAGGAUUGUGCUUUUCACUUUGAAAGUUCUUGAUUGCAUUUCUAUCCUGGAAAAAAAUAAAUGAUAAGACAAGGAAGACUUUUCUGUUUCCCCUUAAGAAUAACAAGUUUGUGUAUACAUGGACUAAACCCAGCUGUAGUGAGACUGAAGCCAACAAGUCACACUUGGUGUUAAGGAUGGAGAAAUAUAAGAAUUGGGCUUUUAUUUGUCUCACAAGAAAAAAACAAAACAAAACAAAAAACUGAACAGUUCUUGUUCAUUUCCAGUAAGAUCUUUUAAAAAAAAAAAAGUUUUCCAUCUUAAGGUAUUUAAAAGGCCGUGUCACUGUGCAUGACAUUCAAAGUUUACUGUGUCUUUGUCCAAGGCACUCCUUCCUUCUCCAUUCACACUUGUCUAUCACACUGAUUAAUUGCUCCUUGCUAUCUAAAGAAAGUAUUUUUACUGUACUGCUUUACAUAUGUACACUCAGGAAUACUUUCUGAUCCUUGUGAAUUAAAGGUAAAUUGAUCUACUAAAACUGAACAGUUGAUGAGGUGCAAUAGAACCGAAGAAGACUGCACUUUUUCUUUAGUCUUGUUUCAUGUCCCUCCUACCAUCUUGUUCUGAUUAUUUUUCUGUAGAUUUCUUUUAUCCUGUUGGCCAUAAAGUGAAGGUUAAUUGAUGUAUCAGAUUCAAUUCUGGUAAUCAUUACAAAAUUUAUUAUACUGGUUGAAUUAAAACCAAUUUGAGAAUAAGAAUAGCUUUCUAAAGUUCCUGUAAUCAGGGGCAGAUCCAAUUAGCCUUGUGGACAGGCACUUCAGACAACAAAGCUAUAAGACUAUAGUUGUAGUACAGUCAAUUAAAGGAUAUAGUAGGCUAAUGUAGGCCAAAUUGGGCCAAAAUACCCAUUUUAAUAUGUUAUUUUGUAUUGUCAAUAGAAAACUGUGUUUGCCAAGAUGUUACUGAAAUUUUGCUUUUUUUCCUACAGUCCUGUAUGGGGUGGUUAAUGCACUGAUGAGACUGGCACUCAACUGGAGAGAUGCAUUAAUUUGACAAUAAGUUCAAAUGUAUUCUUGCAGAGAUAAGUUAUUGCAUAAGAUUACUUUAUAUGAUGCUAACAAAAAAAAAAAAGAGGACAAUUUGCAUGCAGUAAAUAUUUAAGAUAUUGCACUUUUAUACAUUUAUUAUAAAGAGGAAUCACUCCCUAAAAAUAAAAUUCCAUUUAUCUCAAGAUGAAGUAUCUGGAGUCUCUUAACAACUGUCAGUUAACUGUGCACACAAGUGUGAUUAUGGUAUAGUAGAGGUUAAUCAAUUUGUUAUCCCAUGCUGUAGAAUAUUUGGUUUAUUCUGAAUUAUGAUUUUGGAAAGGCAGAAUAACACUUUGUACCAGUGUCUUGAUUGCUACUUUUCUCAGCAUGUCUUAGGAGAACCUUCAUGAUUACUAAUAGGACCUGAUUUAUUUUAGCUCAAGAAAUUGACUGCCAUGUAAAAUCCAUCAGUAAGGUUUCUCUUAAGGUACUUUAGAACUUCAUUGUUAUAUCUGACUUUGCCUCAGUUUAGCAACCUGCGUGGAAUUGAGAGGCAAAAGGCCAGAUACAAACAUAAUCAGAUUGGAUACUUUCCUUGCAUAAUAAUCUUUUAACACAUAAAUCUCUUGAAUUGAAUGACCUUUAUUUAGUCUUCUAUUGCACAGCAAGCAAAAUGACAGGUCUCUGCCACCACAAGUUCAUGAAAUGGCAGACGUUUAGCUGCUGCAGACUUAAUUUUGUGCAAUCUACUCAUACUACUUUAGUCUGUUGCUUUCAAUAAUUCUGUGCCCAAUGCAGUUCAGUAGAAGGAAAAUGAAUUUGCUUGUCUACCUGGAGGAGCUUGAGUAAAAAAUUUGACUUCACUGAGAAAGCUGCUUCUCAGAGGAGGCUUCUGUUAGAGCUGAUCAUCUGAAAUUUCCCAACAUUAUUAACUUGCUAGUUCAAAUUCUAUAAGUAGCAGACAUUGAAGCAUUAGUGUAAAGAAAGCAUGCAUUUCCAUCACCAACAGCAAUCUGCCUCGAGCAGACUGGCUUGGGCUGAUGUGGCAUUAUUUUAAAUGCUCAUAGUUACAUGGAAAUUCCCAUAUGGUAUACUGCUGCCACCAUGACCCACUGUGCCACCUGUGAACCCAGGGUCCCAAAGGGUGGAGAUUUUGACAGAAAGUCUUAGUGUCUGAUGUUUCUGUAUUCAAAGCAGGAGCAGUUAUCCUGUUCCUUCAGUGGAACAGAAUUUCUCUACCAUGGAGAUAACCUACUCACUUUCUGGUUUUUUCCUCUCCCUCUCUCUCAUUUUCAUUUAAAAAAAUAACUUCCAGAGGAAUCAGGAAGGCUAAUGACAUCCUACACUCACAUUCCAGACAGCAGUUUCAGCAGUCUUGUUUGAGCCCACAAGAGACUAAUAUGAAUAUGAUCACUGGCUAUUUAAUUAAAACAUCAAGCCUCUAACAUCUAUUGGGAUUGAAUAUGUAGAUACCCUUUGUCCUUUAGGAAGGUGCCUUUAUUGAUAUUGUAGAAGGUGGUUUCAAGUUUAGGAUUUGUGAAGUGACCAGAAAGGAAGUAAUCGAUGAUAGACGGCCAUUAACAAUGUUCUGAGAUCUACAGUGAGUACAAGCAGGACACUAGACUGUGAAGUAUCCACACACUGAAGUUAGCGAUACAGGAGGAGGGGAAUUUCUUUUUGUGGAAAAUUAAUUCAGUAGCUACUUAUGCUUAGGCCAAAAGUACACUGAGAAAAUAGCAACAUGGAAAUCAUAUUACCACAUAAUAAAAACUGUUCUGAAAAAAAAAAAAAAAAAAAAAAAAAAAAAAAAGUAAAAUCUGAGGCAUUUUGCAAAGACUUUGAGAAUGUCAUUAAAGAAAACACAAUUUCAGGAUCUAUCUGUACAACCAAUACGCUACCUAGCUAUAUAUGCAGGAUCGGUGACACUUAGGAAAUUAUAUAGAUAAAUAAAGACAAAAAAAUUAACACAGAGCCAAUGCCAGGCCACACAGUUUUACAUCUUUCAUCACAGACAGGUACAAACAUUUUUAAGUGUGUUUGUCUAUAUGUACAUAUACAUUUCUAUUGGCAUGGGAAGCAUAUUGGGCAUUGUGUCAUGUCUGAGAGUGCCGUAAUCUUACAGAUAAUGCCACCUACAUAACGAAUUUCCAGAAAGGUGUUGUAAAACUGCUGUAAUUUUAUAGAUUUUAAUGAAAACUAGAAGUUAUGUUUUGGUUGUUUUUUUUUUACUUUAAAUUUUAAAACUUUAUUUUAAAGGUGUUUUCUGCAAGAGCCUGAGUUUUUUGAUAUCUUACAUCUAAAUAAAGUGAUGAUUGUCCUGGUGGGUGAAGGUCAUUAGGUUUUCACAAGACUACAGUGAUGAUGAAAAAAUCCUGGAUGCUAAAAUAGUGUGUGGUCAAGAGACCAGAAUUAUGUUGUGAAUGUAUGAAAACAGAAAUAGACAGAACAUAUGUAUUUCCAAAAUGUUUUAGUAUAUUUUGUCAUUUAGACCUCAUCAUUCGGGAUUUUAAAAGCUUUAGAUGUCCUUCUCAAUGUCUUUGGUGUUAAUACUACAUGUAUUGAUUUUUAGGUUUUAAUUUUUUAGAAAUAUACUGAAUGAAUUUGUAACUAGUUGAUCAAUCAUUUUUUAGUAACAACCUAUAUUUAUUAGCAUUUGCUACAAAGUUACAUUUGUGUUCGAAGAACAAUGUUAAUAGUGGGAAUUUUUUAUCCACCAAAUAUUGUCCAUGUUCUAGCAUAGCAAGACACAGGGAAUACCAGCAAGCACUUAGCAGAUUCUAGAAGUGUUGUAAUUCCCAUGCAUGACUUGCACCUUUCCCGGACUUCAUGUUUAGUUAUAGGGUCAUAGCAUAUCUGAAUAUCAAAUUCAGAAAAACAAAAAAAUAUUCUCUAUCAAUGUUCUUGAUUGAGUUUCCAUCCUCCCUGGAUGAGUGUUCAAGCAAAUGACUUGCAUUUAUCAUUGAGAAUCGUGCUGAAAUUCUCUCACAUAAGUGCUUGACACUGACUUCAUAAGCCAGCUGUCACUAUUGCUUAACCUCACACCAUUUUUGACCUAUGGGAGCUAACAGAGAAUAUCACAGUUCUAAGAUUAGUGGUGGCCCUCUAAAGAGCAUCUGUUGACCAUGGACCUUUGCUUCCCUCCUUGCUGGAAUAGAAAUCUAAACAUCUAGUCUCAAGUCCAGGAUUGGAGGACUGAAAUUCAUUGUGAUUAUCCAAGUAGUUUGGAGAUCGAUACUUGCAUAUCUGCUACAAUUUCUCAGUGAGUAAAGCAGUAAGCAAAUAGCUUUACAGAAGUGUGGUUCAUUUUGUUUACAGAGAAAACACAUUGU